AUGUCACAGAAAAUGCAAAUUAAUCGCCUUGAUAAGGAUGAACUCAUUUACGAAUUAACGGUACGUGGUAUCGGUACUGGAAGAGUUGAAGAGAUGAGACACCGAUUAUUACAAGCAAUGCAACUGGAAAAGGAAGGAGAUAGUAUCAAGUAUCCCCCUUAUCCAUUUAAGUUCGAUGAAGAUUGUGACGCCGUUACGAAGACACUGGAAGUUAUCGAAGGAAUGGUAGACAAAUUUAAUGAUGGCAGCAAAAGUAACGCCGCUGUGAAACUGCAUACUAAAUUCAGUCAUACUAUGGGACGAUUAAAUAAUAUGGUUGGUGAAGAUGUUGAGAAACAACAGAAGAAAUCUGAACUGCUGGCACGAAUCCUGUCACUGAGGCAAGAAUUCUCAAGAAAAAUUGAAGAGUUUGAAUCUAAACAACAUGGCAUUCUACCUACGUUGAGUUUUGUAGCAGGACAGGCGGGACCUAGCACAUUUCAUGCAGGUUUAGGAAACGUAUCUACAUCAUCAUCGUUGGGGAAUUUGACUGAUCCUGGUGGACGACAGAGUGGAAGUCAACAUUGCGGGAGCAUUAAAACUAUUCCACCACAUAAAUGGAAUAUUCAGAAAUAUACUGGUGACAAGAGAUGCAACAUGUCUAUCAACGCGUUCUUUGAACACGUGGAAGAAUUAAGAGCGGCCAGAAAUGUUUCUCCAGAAACAUUGUUAAACUCUGGCAUCGAUUUAUUUUGUGACAAGGCAUAUCAAUUCUAUAAAGAUUGCCGAGACAGAGUAACAACGUGGGAUGAGUUGGUAACUGAAUUUAAAAACGAAUUUCUGUCUGCACAUUAUGAAGAAGACCUGUUUGAAGAAUUGCGCCACAGGACACAACACCCAACUGAAUCAAUUGGAGUAUACUUAGCUGUCAUGUCAAGUUAUUUUAACCGCUUAGCUCGGCCAAUUUCCGAGGAUGUUAAAUUAACAAUAAUUUUGAAGAAUCUUCAUCCUUACUAUUUGGAAAGACUACGUGACCCCAUGCCAUCAAGUUUGGAUGAACUCCGCUCUGCUUGUAGAAGUAUGGAAGCAAGAAGAGAUACAAUUAGAAAUUAUGUAGAACCUUCUUCCCGUCGAAACUGUUUCUUGGAGAGGGACUUAGCUUAUAUAGAUGCAUCGGGAAAGGUGGAUACGGUCGAAACCUCAUCUUCAUCUAACCGCAGCACGGGUUCAUCGAAACCCAUUGUAUGUUUCCGUUGUCAACAGCCAGGACAUAAAGCCGUUGGAUGCGCUCAAACGAAGAAACUUACCUGUUUCAAAUGCCGCAAAGAGGGGUUCACCGGUCGAAUUAAGUCCGUCGAACCUGAAAAAUCGACCAAAAAUUUUCAACCAAUUUUGGAUUUCAUCUUAGAUCAUGCGCAGAAUGAUGAGCGUCCCUAUCUAAGAAUAGAUAUACUUGGAAAAACUCUUCUAGGAUUACUGGACUCUGGUGCUUCGACAACUAUUGUCGGUGGUAGAGGAUAUCAGCUCAUAAAAGAUUUUGGUUUUGAGAUUGAUGUAACAAGAAGACCUAAAUGUACCAUAGCAAAUGGCCAAAGUGUUGCCAGUAUAGGUGAAUGUGAUGUUCCUAUGUGCGUAAGAGGUAAGGUAAAACUAGUGAAGGUGUUAGUGGUACCACAAUUGCCGCAUGCUUUGAUAUUGGGUACUAAUUUUUGGAAAGCCAUGGGCAUUGUUCCUGACCUACGACGCAAUGAAUGGCAUUUCUCGGAUCAACCAAUCUGUCUGGACGAAGUGGAUCAUUUGCGUGGAAAAACGACCUUAACAGAAUUGCAAGAAGCCUGUCUACAGGCUGUAGUAAGAAGAAACAAGCACUUGAUGGGAGAGUCUUUAGGAUGUACUGACCUAGUGGAACACGUUAUUGUAACUAAGUCUCCACCAAUUAAGCAACGGUAUUACCCUGUUUCACCAGUAAUACAAGCACAAAUAGACCGUGAAUUGGAAGAAAUGUUGAAGCAAGGAAUUGUUGAGAAAUCAAACAGUGGAUGGUCGUCACCGAUUUUAUUGGUAAAGAAAAAAGAUGGUGGUUAUCGAUUCUGUGUCGACUUUCGCAAACUCAAUAAAGUUACAGAGCGUGAUAGUUAUCCAUUGCCUUAUGUAACUAGCACUCUAGACAAGUUGCGGGACGCACAUUAUCUGUCCUCGCUUGACAUUAAGUCGGCUUAUUGGCAAGUGCCGAUGGCAGAAUCAUCUAAACAAUUUACUGCUUUUACCGUACCAGGUCGAGGCCUGUUCCAAUUCAGAAGGAUGCCCUUUGGUUUGCAUAAUUCCCCGGCUACAUGGCAAAGACUAAUAGAUCGUGUCUUAGGGGCUGACUUAGAACCACACGUAUUUGUAUAUCUGGAUGAUGUGGUUGUGGUGACUCAAACGUUUGAGCAACAUUUAGCUAUUUUAGAAGAGGUUUUCAGAAGACUACGAGAAGCUAAGUUAACAGUUAGUUGGGAAAAAUGUCAAUUCUGUCGACCAGAAAUGAAAUAUCUGGGUUAUAUGGUUGACAGGAAUGGAUUGCACGUAGAUAGUGACAAGGUGAAGGCAAUGUUACAACUACCUACUCCUACUAAUGUACGCGAGGUACGAAGAGUAGUGGGAACGUUUUCUUGGUACAGACGUUUCAUCCCUGACUUCGCCACAAUUAUAACGCCACUAACGGAACUCCUCAAAAAGUCGAAGAAGUUUGUGUGGACCGAAAAAUGUAGUAUUUCUGACGCCAAUAAUUGA